ACAUACGGAAUUGUUUGAGUUUGAUAAGUAAUUUGAUCAGGUACACUACUGUGCAUUCUCUACUCUACGCUGGACCGUUUGUUCACACUCGCAUCACGGGCCGUCACGCGCUAACACAAGGAAGCGCCCAAGUCUCGCGCGGACGCGAGAUAGGGCAACUAAAACAUCUGUAGCAGGCUAGAGAAUCUUUGGUGACAACGAUAUGUAUAAUGAAUGUGUCUGUUACUAUAAUUCCGAACCGGUGUUUUCUUUUGUAGGCUAGCCCAAAGACCGUGACAAUAACAAUGUUUCGGAGAUUGAGUGCACCCCGGGUCGUUUGGGUUAAAGCAAUUUUGGGCGUAAAGUUUAGUGUACAUAGAUCUACAUGUAUCUCUCGUCGUCUAGUAUACUGUGGCGUUCCACCGAUGAUGGAUUCACCAAACCUGAAAGGUCGAUAUGUCGCAGCAAUGGUUCUUAGCGGAGCUGGAGAUGCUAUUGGCUUCAGAAAUGGAAGCUGGGAGUUUUGUUACAGAGGCAGAGCAAUCUUUGAUGAGUUACAGUCCUUGGGUGGACUGGAGGACAUUAAAGUCAAAUUGCCAGGCUGGAUGGUGAGCGAUGACACAGUCAUGCAUCUUGCCACUGCUGAAGCUCUGGUUGAAGCAAGCAAGGAAAGUAAUAUAGAAAAUAUCUUUCUGACAAUUGCAAGAUAUUACAAAGAAUGCAUGAAGGAUAUGAAUGGCAGAGCUCCAGGAAGAACAUGCAUUAGUGGUGCAAACAUGCUAAAACCAGGUGUUCGAAAUGGCUACAAAAUUCCCUUCAACGCAAAGGGUGGUGGAUGUGGUGGUGCCAUGAGAUCUAUGUGCAUUGGUCUUCGAUACCCAAGGCCAGAACAGUUGGACCAGCUGAUAGCUGUCAGCAUAGAGGCUGGCCGUAUGACUCAUCAUCACCCAAUUGGCUUCCUGGGUAGUCUUGCAUCAGCUUUGUUUACAUCCUAUGCUGUGCAAGGUCGACCUGUGCUCAGCUGGGGUCAUGGUUUGAUGGAGGCGUUACCUAAGGCUUUAGCUUGUGUAAGGUCAAGUGGCCAUUGUGUAUUGGAGAAUGAGCAAGCAUGGGGUCAUUUUGAAAAGGCAUGGACGGACUAUUUGAAGCUGCGGCAAAUAACCGAUGGACAGUCAGAACCCAUUUUUCCAGAGAAAUUCGAUUUUGAGGAGAGAGACAAGUUUGUGAAAAGUGUCAGCGUGGGAGGCUGGGGUGGCUCAAUGGGUCAUGACGCUCCCAUGAUUGCAUAUGAUGCCCUGCUUGGUGCUGGAAGUAGUUGGCAUGAAUUGUGUUAUAGGGCCAUGCUUCACGGGGGUGACAGUGACAGCACUGGGGUCAUCGCCGCCUGUUGGUUCGGCACUCUUUAUGGAUGCCAGGGUGUCCCAGAGGGAAACUAUGAAAGUCUUGAGUAUAAUGAGCGCUUGAAGGCUGCUGGAGCUGGAUUAUUUGAGCUGGCUUUCCCUGACCCAAGUUUUGUGGACGCUCAUGAUAAAAAUGUAGGCUGAGGUGACUUAACCCUCUCCGUACGCCCUGGGGUAAUUUUGUACCCCCGGGGUUGUAUUCUUCUCAUUUUAUAAUACAGUGGAGACCAUAUAUAACAGGACCGGUAAUAAAAGGGAUCCGGUAAUAACAGGAAUUUUUUU